CUUCACGUUCUUUUAAUUUUCGCAAUUCGCGACUUGUUGAUUCUUCGUGAAACGAAUAAGUAAUUACAGUGAAUAUCUUUUAUUUAGUGAAACGAUAAAGUUGUUUUAUCGUGUAAAGUGUGCAUUCGUGGAGUCGAUAAACGUGACUGUAGUAAACCGAAGGACGAUAUCGAUCGAGAUAAUCAUGAAUAGGAAUAAGGAAAAGAAGGCUCGCGAAAUGAGGUCUCCUUCUUGGAUCGCUGCACUCAGCGAGCGUAUAAACAUCCCGAUGCAGCUGCAACUUAUAAUCCUUUCUUCGUCGAGCCUUCCUAACUGUUAUCACCUAAGUACGCCUACGUAGACAUAUCCUACUCCUGCUUUGUCUCUCGUACACGUUAACGUGUGUACAUAUACGAGGUCGUUCCACACAAUUUCCAAGAGGAGGGGGCCCCAAAUACAACGCGUCAAAUGGGUUUCCAGUAUCUGAACAUCAUCUCGGCACUGAAGAUAAUUUGGAGACGUUCUCACGCGCGUCGGUAUCGUUGGAAAUGGAGAUUUAAGAAGAAGGAGCAACGAUCAAGGGAUAAGAAGGAAUCAAACUCGAUGAUUUCCGGCUAGACGUUCCCAUUCGAAGAGCAGGAGUGUCCAUUCGAAACACGUUAUUUGGAUCGUCGAUUUUCCCGUCAUAACGAGUGAAAGGCGUCGUUUAUCGGUGUCACUACUUCCGGGGGUAUACAAGAGGAGGGGUGACAAGAGAGGGUGAACCGAGUGUACGACGUGGAGGAGUGGAAGAGAGAGAGAGAGAGAGAGAGAGAGGCGUGCAGUAAUGCGCCGAAUGACGGGGCAGUCUCAUAGGACAAUCGUCCAGGACUCGGAGAAGUGGGGUGGACUAGGGUGCGAGGGGGUUGGAAGGGUGUCGAAAUGCAAUUCAUCACAACAGAGACAGAGAGCUCUCCCACUAGUACCACCCUCUCUAUCCUCUCGCACGCACCCAACGCAUCAAUCUUCUUCUCCAACAAUGUUCGCGUAAAUUACCCUCAUCGAUAUCAAAGUGACGAGGGUAGUGCUGGUGGUAGUGCUUCGAGAAGACCAGCCCUUAUCCAACGCGAGUUUGAAAAUUGAGUUUACAAAGAGAGAGGGAGAGAGAGAGAAAGAGAGAGAGAGGGAAGCAAAGAAAGAAAGAGUAUUUUCGUCCAAUGCAAGCUUUUUUACUACUUCUUCUUCGAGACGUAGCUAGCGACGGAGAAGUUCAAUGGAGUACAUUAGAGUAUAUCAAAUUUCUUCAGAUGGAAAUUAUUCAGGUAUACGUAUGAUGUUCUGUCUUUCUUUUUUCUUUUUUUUUUUUAUAUAAUUUAUGUACAGAGAAAUCAUAGAGAAAUUUAUUUUCUUUUAUUACUAAACACGUGUCAUUAUUGGAGAUUGAAGCUUGGAUAAUUAACGACACGACCUGAUCGUUAACACCGAUCCAAUCACAGCGUCGACCACCGAGGAGUUAAUGAUCAAUCACCGUUGUGGCGUUGAUGAAAUUUCUAUCAUAAUACCAUCGGAAAUAUUGCUAUUUAAAGCUCCCUAGUGUUUGUUGAGUAAGACACUCGACGAUUAAAUUCAAGUCGAUCGAGUCUACUACUUUGUCAAAGAAUUAUUUCAUUGUGCGUUAUAGCGCAAAAAGAGAUUUCUUCAGACUCGAGGAAGAUAACGAGUCAGACUCGACGUAGGAUCGUGAAGAUUUUAAAAAAUAUUUGAGUCACACGUCUCUGCGUUCUUUAGGAAAAGCACGACGGCAUGGCAACCAAAGAUCUAUUCGCCGACUCGACAAAUGCAAUUUAACGAGCCGUUAGACGGAUGGAACGUUUUGGAGGGUAGAAGACCGGAAUGUCGAGACGAUUCCGUUUUGACCAAGAUCCCAUCGAGAGCGGCUGUACCCUUCAUAUUUCUCGAAGAUGGUUAUGCUAUCGUCGAUGGAAACGUCGAGGAACCGAUUGCACCCAACGAUUACUGUGCCGACGCCAAUGCUAUCUUUGUUUGCGUUAAGAAAACCCCGGAAGGGAAUCGUGCCGCGGCGACUAUGAAACCCAAGAUUAGGCGUUGCUGCGGAAAAUCUGCCGUUUUCCACGAGGGCAGGGAAUCGUGCGAUUUUGUAAACGAGUCGGAAGACACGACACCGUUAUUAGGAGACUCAUCGGCAAUGGUGGACAUAGUGUCAGGAUUUCCGGCUUGUCCUCGGGGGGACAAAUACACGAUCUUGGCCGACGUAAAAGAUGCCGUAUUGCAGUUGGACGGUAGCAUGAAAGUAGACGGUGUUAUUUUACCGAGCGGCCAGUUUUGCGUCGAGAGGAUCAAGGAACUCAACCAGGCGGUCAAGGUCUUCGCUUGCUCCGAACACGCACCGCAAAGACCACACGUGCAAGCAACAGACAUCAGAUUCACGCUCUAUCCGGUCGGCUUUAUCAUCAGCGCUGUGUUCUUGGCAGCCACCUUGGCUGCUGGUUGGCUGUUACCAGCGUCUCAUCACGUUUUGCACUGGCGAUGCCAGACUCAUCAUGUCGCUUGCUUGAUGCUUGGCGAUCUUCUCAUGGCUAUCAUUCAGCUAGCAGGAGAUUCCCUCCGCGGUGGAAGUUGCAAGGCUCUUGCUAUUAUGGCUCACUUCUUCUUCUUGGCUGCUUUCUUCUGGCUCAACACUAUGUGCUUCAACAUCUGGUGGACCUUUAGAGAUCUAAGACCAGCAAGUUUGGAGAAGGGCCAGGAGACCUUGCGGCUCAGAGUCUACGCUUGUUAUGCCUGGGGUGGACCCCUUUUGGUUGCGGGAUUGGCCGCCCUACUGGAUCAUCUUUCACCCCAGACUCAGUACACGUAUCUUAGGCCUCGUUUCGGGGAGAAGCAAUGUUGGUUCUAUGGUGACAUGGAAAUCCUUGCAUAUUUCUUCGGACCGAUCGGUGUACUUUUAGCCGUGAAUCUUUUAUUCUUUGCCGCGACCGCACGUGAAUUAACAUGCGGCUUAUGGAAGGGCGAAUUUGUCAAGAGUACUACAGAAAGAGCUGCACUGGGCCGAGUAUGUAUGAAGUUAGUAAUCGUGAUGGGGAUCACAUGGGUUGCUGACGUGGUCUCAUGGGCAGUAGGUGGUCCGCAAUAUAUCUGGUACUUCACCGAUCUGAUAAACGCCUUCCAAGGUGUACUGAUAUUCGCAGUGGUCGGUUGUCAACCUCAGGUCAGAGCAGCAUUGAAAAGACUUUGCAAUAGAAAUCCAAGAACGAACGCGGGACGACAGGGUAAUGGCCUGAGUACAACCAGUCAUGGGAUGCCUAGCAUGGGUGAUAGCGUUACGCAGAAUCCAAGUACUAAGACUGCACCAUUGGAGACCAUAUGUUAAAAAUCACCUCGAAGAUUGCUGAUUAAAGAUGAAUAACAACAAUAAGAAGAGGAAGAAGAAGAAGAAAUAAAGAAAGAAAUAAAAUGACGAAGAAGAUAAAAAGAGAGUCGGAAGACUAUUACACUAUCAUAGAAAAAAAACUUUUAACAUGCCGACUUUGGAAGAACGCAUUGAACGUUCGGCAAACAUCGACGGUCACUGCGUUUCCGUCCUAAGGUCGUUGACCUUGAGAACCCGUGGGUGUUUUGUCAGGAAUGAGAAAGCCUAGAGGCUGUAUUUCUAACACGCCUUCCUUUUUUUUUUCUUUCUCUCUGACGAACUUAUACGUGUAUGUAUACAUAUAUGUACACUAAAGACACAUACUUCGAGAUCACGUAUUAUAUAUACAUUUAUGUAUGUGUGUGUGUGUGUGUGUGUGUACGUUCGAGAAUACAAAACUUGCAUAAAAUCGACAAAGAAAACGAAAGGGAAGAUUCUUUGAAGUGACGAACUCGUCAUUCUAAUCGAAAAACUCGUUGUUAAAGUGUAUAAAGAAGAGGGAGAGAGAGAGAGAAAGAGACAGACAGAGCGAUUCACCAGAAAUUAUUAUUAAUAAAUUAUCGAUAUGAUAAUGUAUAAUCAUACAUGACUGAUGUAUAAUCAUACAUUUGUGGCCGAUUUAACCGAAUAGUCAUUGCGUCCACUUCUCUAAUGUCUUCGAAUCGAGCUUAGUUAUAAUACUUCUCUCUUUCACACGACUCAAACUCAAAAUUUUUGUAUAGGAAUGUGUAUGUGUAUGUGUACGAUCUUUUUUUUCUGAAACUUUGACGUGUUCUUUUUUAAAUCUGAUUCGAAUUUCGUCUAUUCAUACAAUCUCUCGUGGAUCAUAAUAAUUUUUGUGUUCGUAGAUAACGAUUGGGAUAUUAAUAUCGGGACCACAAAAUAAUUCGUGAUGUAGAUGAGUUAAGUAGAUUUAGAAGUAACCAAAUUCUAAAAAAAAAAAAAGAAAGAAUAAUAAAGGAGAAAGAAAAACAAUCGAUCAGCGAUCCACGAAUUUUGAUACAAGAUAAUAAUUAAUAAUGUAUCGUUUAUUGCCAUUUUGAAAUUUGAGAGAAUCAUUUCUUUGACUUGUUUGUCAUUUGGAAUGGCUAUUUUGCAUCGACAUUGAAAUCUCUCGUGAAAUCUAAAUUUUAUAUGUCAUUAAUUUUUUCUGUCGCAUCGACAUCGCAACAAAAAAAAGUCUUUACGUCCAAAAAUACUGCCAAGAAAAUGUUUGUAAAAUUGAGAGAGAGUUUUAUAACGUCGUAUUUUUAACAAUACUGCCAAUCUAUGUCAAAAAUCGUCUGGAAGUGUGCCAUUACAAGUACAUACAUAUUUAUAUAUAUAUAUAUAUAAUUUCAUCUGCAUUUCGCAUCGUCGAUUGAAAAUAGUCGAACGAAUAUCGAGAUACAUAAGUUUGAUCUACGUGAGUCAAAAAUUAGAUUCUUUUGGAUAGAAACGGGUAAGAUCAGAGUAUGAUCGACGAUUCGCGACAAUAUGUAUUAAAAAUUCGAUGCCUUUUUAAAUGCCUUCCAGAUGUCUGGCAAGUUUAACAUGCCGUAUUGAUCAAUAAUUAAUGUCAGAAUUUUCAGUAUUAUAUAUUUAAAUAAAUAAUUAAUAUUAUUAUUAUUAUUAUUAUUAUUAUGCUAUACUAUCGGAUAGCCAAUAUAAUACAAUAAUAUAAAAUUAUACAAUAUAUACGGUAAAAAAGAAAAUAUUAAUGUUGUUAAUAGAAUAAUAUUAUACUAUACUAUUGUGAGUAGCCACUAUUAUAUAAUAAUACAAAAUUAUACGAUAUAUAUAGUAAAAAAAAAAAAUACUAAUGUUGUCAAUAAAAUAAUAUUAUACUAUACUAUUGGAUACUCAAUAUAAUACAAUAAUACAAUAAUUUACAUAUAGUAAAAAAUUCUACUAUCCUUUAUUUGGAUAUAAAAUACUGAAACUUUUGACAUUUACUGUGGUUUACCUAAUAUUAGUAAAACACGAGUCGAUCAUCAAACGAUUUGUCGAUAGGCAACAUUAGAUUAGAGAAGAAAAAGUUUGUAAGAGCUUACGAAUUGUUCAGUCGAGAUUAGAAAUAGAGAGAAAUAAGGGGAGAAAGAGAGAGAGAGAAAAGAAUAAUUUUUUUUUCUUCGGGUGCAUCAAAGAGACUGAAAUAUAUUAGCCGUCAAAAAAAAAUUUCAGAUGGCCUUGAACAAAAACAACACACACGAUAUCCGCUGUCUCGAUUCGAACAAUCUCUCUCUCGAAGACACAUCGAAAUCGAUUUUAUUCAAAAUAUGUGGGCGUUCGAAAAAUAGAAAAAAGAAAAAAUAUGAAACGAGAGAUGGUCUUCGAAGAGUAGAAAAGAAAAAAAAACACAAACGGGUCAUUUUAGAAAGUCUAAUUAGUUCCUUUUUGUAGUAUGAAUGACGAAUGACAGAAGAGACAAACCGGUGUCUUCUUUUUCUAAGUGACUCAACUUGAGGACAUUCUACCUUCGUUGAUCCUUUUUUCUAACUAAUUUUAUGAUCCAAAGAAUGAAAAAAAAAACACAAGAAAAAAAAACAAAAAAAAGGAAAGAGAGAAAGAGGAGCAUCUCCUGCGUAUGUAUGUAAAAUUAUUACGACAAGACGUGUGUAUAUUUGUGCGUGCGUAUCUGUAUGUGUGUGUACGAAUGAUACCAUAUAAUUAGUGUUCAUCAUAAGUCAUUUUAAGUAAUGCGUAGAUCACAUAUUCUUUCAUAAAAUUCCCACAGUGACAGUCGUAUAUCCUGUUAUUAAUUCCAUGCGAUAUUCUGGAAUUAUUAUACAGAGAACAAAAAAAAAAGAAAAGUUAAAUAUACUUGCAAGAAUAAUAAUAGAAUAAUUUUGUUUGUUAAAAAUUUGUUUAAUGCACGACUGUCGCCGACUAGAGACUCAUUGUAUUCAUUCUUAAUUUGUCAUAACAAAACAUAUUUUAUUUCUCAUUAUUAUCAUUAUAUUAUUAAUAUUAUUUUUGUUAUUAAUACUAAACAACUGCCAAUACAAACGACCGGGCUCGAUAUAACACGAGUAACACUGGAAUAAUGUUAGCGUAUAUUAUUCCUACUGUAUAAAAAUGAACGCUUAGAGAAUAAUAGCAUCGGUAUGUAUAUAUGUACGUGUGUGUAUGUGUGUGUACGAAAAAUGUUUAAUGCGACAAAUUUUCAAACCCAAUAGAAAUCACGAAUUAUACAUUUCUUUUAUCGUCGCAUUUCAAAUAAUAAUCGAAUCCGAUAAAAACGUAAGCACACAUUUAUUCUCUUAGAAUAUUAUAUACUGAUAAUAGGAUCGAUGUGAAUCGAGAGAUAGAUCGUAGCCUUAAUAAAUUUAUUUAUUUCGAAUGAUAAAUGUAGGGAGAGAGAAAGAAAGAGAGAGAGAGAGAGAGAACGAGAGAGACAGAAAAAUAUAUAUAUAACAUAUAUAUAUAUUUUUUUGUAUGUAUGUAUAACGGUACUACGUGUAACAAAAGUAGAUGAUAGCUUGCCAGAGAACACGUAAAAUACGUAAUUAGAAUAUAAACCGGAAUCGUUGAUUAUGUUAUCAUUUUGUUUUUUAGUUUUCUUUUUUUUCUUUUUCCCUUUUUCUUCCUUUGAACGAAGAUAGCGGAAAGUGAAAGCUGAAUUCAUCGGGAUGAGGAAGAAGAAGAGGAAAAAGGAGGAGGAGAAGAAGAAGAAAAAGAAGAAGAGGAGGAAGAGGUAGAAAAAGAGGAGCAGGAGGAGUAGGAGGAGGAGGAAGAGGAGGAGGAGGAAGAGGAGGAGAAGGAGGAGGAGGAGGGAGAGGAGGAGGAAGAGGAAGGAGAAAGAGAAAGAGAAGGAUAACGUCGAGAUGGGUUCUUCGAGAGGAGGAGAUAGAAAGAUCAAAGACUUAAUGAAAGAGAAAGAGAAAGAGAAAGAGGAGAGAGUGAGAGAAGUGGGGUGUGCUGUUGGCACGAUCGUUUGUGGUACGAAAGGGGAAACAUCCCACUCGUCACUUUUUGCGUGUAUUCUUCGUUUAUCUCUAGCAUGUAGAAGAAGCAUCUCUCUGCCAUGGGGCGAAGUAAGAGAAAGAGGUAGUCGAUGAGAAGGCUUCUGCUUUUACUUUGACCAAAGAUACGAUGAAAAUAUAAAGAAAUAUGCAGACACCUCGAGAAUUUCGAGGAUACAAAGCGAGGCUACGGAAAGAGAAAGAAAGAGAGAUAGAGAAACAUAGGAAGAUAGAGGGAGAGAAAAGAGAGAGGGAGAGAGGGAGAGAGGGAGAAAUGACGAGAGACAAUAGUAUUAAAUCGUCGAGCAUAUUAAGGACGAUCGUAUAUUAUUAAAAGCCCGCGCGUCAACUACAUUUAUAACUCGUCUAUGGUAGAACACAGGAGAACGAGAUUUAUUAUUAGUAAUAAAGAGAAAAUAAAAAGUAAAAAAAUCAUUCAUAUUAUAAGCGCUCAAUGACUUCUAGCGUUCGAUUUACAAGCGCCGAUUAAAUAAAAUACACCAUUCCCAUACGAGAUGUAUCGUAAACAGUAUUUACUAUCGCACUAAUGGCAAUAAAAAUGAACUCCUAGUACGAA